UCGAUGACCUUUUUUCAUCUGCCAUCGAAGAAUUUAUUUUGAUCAUUUAAUUUCAAAAAAAAAAAAAAAAAUGCAGAAUAUCAAAACGUUGGCUAGGCCAACUUUUUCCAAACAAUUGAGCACAUCGAUCCGUAGCUAUUCGAACGAUUCAACGAAUUGGUUUAAAUUUGCAAUUGGAAAAUGGAAUAAAUUCUUUUAUGGAGGUGAACAACCAUACGAUAGUCGUGAUAUCAUCUUUGAAAAUAUGGUUGCCGAAGGAAAAACAUCGGUUAUGCUACGAUAUAUGCAGAAAAUUUUAUAUGCACGAGAAAAAGCCCGUACACGUAUUGUUAAACAUAAUGAACAUAUUCGAAAACUUGAAGACAAAAUCAGCGAUGGUGGUGUGAUCAAACCGAAAAGUUUUGCCAAUAGAUUUUAGUAUUGGCAAAACGGAAACAUAAUCACUAAAAUGGCUAUUGAUAUUUUUUAAAAUUAUAAUUCGAGUUAUUAUUAUUAUGAUAAAAGAUAGUGGAAGAAAAUAAAACAUUUUCAAAUGAAUUUGUGAUUUAUUUAUUUUUUGACAUACGACUCUGAAAAAUGGAUUAAAGAUGAAUAGUUUUUUUGCUGAAUUUAAACAAAAAUGAUCCAACUACAAUGGGUGUGUAUGUGUGUGUGUACUUUGCUACUUCGAUGAUUAGUAGGGCAACAAUUGAUUUUUUUUUUUUUUUUGAUUUGAAUCAUUUUUCUUCACACCAUUCAUUUUCACGACGAAUCUGUUCCUCUUCUUGUGGUGUAAAAUCAUUUUUAAUAUUAAA